UGAUCAAGCUAUUAUAGUUUGACAUAGACAUAAUUUGAAGAAUAGAAUGAAUACAGGAAAGUUGUCACGUUAUACCGUGUAAAAUGGAUCACUUAAAAGGACGUGUUGCCGUAGUCACAGGAGCCAGCGCCGGUAUCGGAGCGGCCACAGCUAUUAAGUUAGUCAAGGCUGGCCUUACGGUCGUCGGAAUAGCUAGGAGACUACAGAGACUACAGGAUUUAAAAAAAAUGAUGGAAGAAAAAAACUUCAGUGGUCGGUUUUUUACAGUGGCGUGUGAUUUGACAAACGAAACAGAAAUAAUGAAUUCUUUUAAGUGGAUUGACGAAAAUAUUGGUGGUAUACAUUUUAUGAUCAACAACGCUGGAAUAGUAAGGAUAUCUAAACUUGUAGACGGUUCGACUGAACAUUGGCAAGAAUUGAUAGACUGUAAUGUAAUAGCACCUACAAUUUGUUCGAGGGAAGCUUAUAAGUUAAUGAAGAAGCAUAACGUUAGUCAUGGGCACAUUAUACAAAUUAACAGCAUAACGGGCCAUUCGUAUUCAAUUAAUCCGGGCAACAAGAUGUACAAUGCGUCUAAACAGGCUCUUAGGGUACUGACCGAGGGCCUUCGACACGAAUUGGCCAUGGCUGGUGAUGGGCACAUCAAAGCUUCCAGCAUCAGUCCCGGUUUCGUCGACACAGAAAUAUUCGAUGCAGCCAAAAUUCCGUACAAUAAAUUGAAGCCAUCUGAUAUCCUGAGCGCAGAAGAAAUGGCCGAUAUGAUCUGUUUUGUCAUGUCAACCGGACCAAAUAUAUUGAUCGCUGAAAUGAUUGUUUUAAGCCAAGGUCGUUGUAUCCAAUCGUAUCCACAAGCAUAACAUGUAUAGCCAACAAACCGAAAAAUCAUAUUUUUCUCUGCAUGUAUGAAUAAAAUAUGAUCACGUCAUAGUAAUGUAUUUAGUGUGAAUUUCACUGUUAACGUAAUAAUUAUAUUAAAUAUUAACACGAGAGAAUAAAUGUAUAAUAUUAUGAAAAAUUAUUAAAAACUGAACCGAGCUUGCUAAAUAAAUCUAAGUUAUAACCCUA